GACGCACAUAAUAAUUAUCUUGGUAUGCUUCACAAAGACAGGAGUCUUACUCUUUCUACUGAGACUCACCUGAAUCCAUCGCUAUUUCCGGGUCAAGCAACGACAGUAACCGCUCUAGGAAGAACCACUUGUCGCAGUCUAGCGGCGGCGUUUGUCGCUUCCACUUAAGUGCGAUCGCACAAGAUUCGUAUCUUUUUUCCCCAAACGUCAGCUUCCCUGUCGGGUUGAUUCCGAAAAUCUAGGACGCCCAAUGUCGCUCUCGACCAAACCGCAGAUAGGUUUGUGGACGGACUGCAGCAGCAACCAGCGGCUGCAAAGACUACAAAGUGACUUUUGGGCGACGUGGCUCAAGACUGCCGUAGCGGUUAGCUUGACGCUGAGUACACCGUAUAUCUUCCGUAUCGUGCGAAGUACUAUUUCGGGCUUAUACCUGUGUUUGAGUCCUGGGCAGCCAAGGACAACUGGUCGUCGCGAUGUUGAUGACGAAACGCAACCCCUCAGAGUGCACGAUAUGGUUCAGAAAGCGAAGAGCAGCCGUGGUACUGCUACAAAGUUCUUUCGGGCUUUGCAGGAUAGAGACUCUCGAUUCGAAAGCCGCCAUUUGGCCUUGAUGGCCUUCGUCCUUUCCGUCUUUUUCUUCACUUUCCUCAUUCAGGUGGCGGUCGGCGGCAUAUUAUCCGAUCAGAUUGAAACCAACAGAGUCGCGUUGCUUGAUUCGGAAAGGUGUGGCCUAUUUGAGUAUGAUGCCGAAAGAGGAGGUGAAGAAGAUGCGGCCCGAGCCGAUAUAUGGAUGUCUGAGAAAGAGAGGCGCGCAGCGGAAUAUGCGCAGGAUUGUUACAGACCGGAUAAGGAGGCAAAAGCAAUGUCUUGCAGCUUCUUUUACAAUUCCACCAUUGGGUUCCGUCGAAGAGAAGACAAAUGCCCGUUCGACAUUGCGGACGUCUGCACGGGUGGCUAUCAACCGGGUUCCGCCGUCACGUUCGAUACUGGCCUUGUCGACUCCAGCGUGCUCGGCAUCAAUCACGAACCCACCCACAAAUUUCGAAGAACUACAACCUGCGCACCAUUGAGCGCUGAGAGGCCGUACGUGUGGCACUUUAGCAACAGUGCGACUGACCAUGGGUACCUUUACUACUACGGAUCACUUUACGAUACGACGAACUGUUCCAAAUCCAACCCUCGGCCUCCCGAGGCCAUUACCAACUACACAAUGAGAAUCACAGGUCACCCUUUUGAUUGGUUGGCACCUGUAUACCGCGUCAACACUUAUGCCACGUCGCUCCUAGACCCAAUGUGCGACUUCUAUCAACCGAUACCUGAUCUUCAAGCUCCAGGCCUCGAGGCCCCGCGAACGAAGACCCUGACGAUAAUUUUUGUCACUGCGCUGCAUAUUCUUUACAACAAGCGCAGCAACGAUCCUAUAUUUCCUGCCAACGAGCCCUUCCGGUACCCAGGUGACACGAAAGACUACUACUACAACUCCAGUCCCAAAGCCAGAGCCUUUGCGUGCAUUGACGAAACAUUGCUUUGUGGACCCUCGGGUUCUCCGUGCUGGACAGCCACGGACCCAAUACCAUCCGGGGUCGCGAACACAUCAGCGUACUGGCUUAUGAAGUAUGCUCUAAAGAAUUCGAACACAUACGACUCUAUCAAAUAUAGACUUGGGACCGCACUUCUCGCCCAACAACGAGUCGGACAGUCGAGAUCCCUCCCUUUGCCGGACGAUCACUGGGAGGCAGAGGCUGAACACCUCUUCAAAUCGUCACUCGCCCGUGCGCAGUUUGAUGCCUGGAGCAUAGCCAGCGGAGAAGAUCACGACGUUGCUACAUAUAAGGAUACCCUUCCCGACGAGGCCAGAGGCAAGGUCUGUGGCCUCUUCAAGUUCAAUAGCGUCGGAUAUGUCAACAUCCAGAUCUGGCCUUUCGCCUUGCUCCUGCUGGUUUUACCGGCGUCAGCACUAUUGAGUCGCGAGACGAAGCAGGUCCGGCACAUCCUUUGGAAGGUAUACAUCUCGUUGAAAGAAGGUGCGGAAACUCUACUCGGGAAAAGGGACGGACAUACCGCCGUGGCAGGUAAUCAGAUGGAAGACGAUGGUAGCGAUAGCGCUCUCAACGAAGGCUCGUCUGCCCACGGCCAUCAGGAAACAGAUGCGCAAUCGGUUGCAGAGUCCUCAACGGCAGCCGCACAGAGGUCCGAUGCAACUCUAGCUCGCACUCCUCUCAGCGCCACACGAAGAACCAGCAACCAGCCAAGCGACUACGGCAGCUUCACUAACAAUGGCACUAAUAACGGCGCCAGUCGGCCUCCGAGUUGUCUCUCGAAUACCGGUCCACAAAGGAGUAGGGGAAGCUCGUCAGGGCAAAGCGGAGAGGAUAUGAAUGACGAAUGGUUCCCCCUCCUUAUUCAUAGCAUCAUUCUCUACUGGGUACCAAUGGCGGUGAAGCAUACUGUAUGUAGCCCAAAAUACCUGGUCAAUUAUCUGAGAGGGCGGGACUCGCGGGCCCGAGUGAGAAUCGUAUCACUGCCGUCGUAGCUGGGAAGGUCGAAGGGGAUGAGCAUGUAGUAUACGAGAGCAGAUUAUAUUCCUGCCUUCUUUGGCUAUCAGCAAUAACCUGGAACAUCAAUUGAUUGCCGAUUACGACAAUAGGUUAUGCCAAGAAGUUUA